AUGAAACUAGUUUCGACAGAUGUUACUGAGUCAGUCGGUCACAGCGACGAAUACCGCCAGAACGCAAGCUUCUACAAAAAUCAAAUUUCCAACAAUUGGAUCACUUUUAAACCCAAAAAUUUCGAUAUUGAAUCCAUUAGAUUUGAAGAGUGUCCAAUUGGCAGUAUCCAAUCUGAAGCUUUUGGUCUCCAAAUCUUCUCAAAAAUAGAACAGUUCCACUUGAUCAACACCAAUGUCUCAAUUUUCCAAAAGGAUCUCUUCCAAAAGUUACCCAAUCUCAAAAAUUUCGCAGUUCAAAACAACCUGAUCACUUUUGCAGAAUCUUAUUUACUUUCUGGACCAGCAGAACAAUUAGAAACUCUUCAAUUAGAUUCUUCAAUUCAAAAUUUGGAUGUUCUCCGCAAUAUAACCUUCCAAGAACUGCCCAAAGUCCAGCUUUUGUCCUUGCAAGGCAAUAAUAUCUUUUUUAUACCCAAAUCGCUUUUUGCAACAUUUCCAAAUCUUCGGUCGCUCUAUUUAGAUUCGUCCAACAUCCUAAGAAUCAAUUCGAACGCUUUUGAUGGUUUGAUUUCCAUCCAACAGGUGUUUUUGAGGAACAACCUCCUAUCUGAACUUCCUAAGGAUUUGUUUGAUCCAAUUCUGGGUGCCAAUAAGGAUUUCAAGGUUGCUUUGAGUGGCAAUCCUUGGAAAUGCGAUUGUAAUCUAAUUUGGUUGAAGGAAUUGAUGGAAGAAUUCAGAAAUUUGGUUCUAGAAGAGCCAAUUUGUGCUAUGCCUGAAAGUAACAAGAAUUUGGGGUUCCUAGAAGCGGAUUUUUGUGAAGAAGCGAAGAUUUGGUGUAGCAAUUUGGAAGAUUUGAUUGAAAUAAGCAUAAAUUGUGAAAAAGGUGGAAAAAAUAUGAAUGGAUCAAUUAGGAAUGCUUCGAAAGAGGGUAAUAUUUCUUUCGCGGGGUUCGAUUGCGUUUGGAAGAGUGCUUUAAUUAAAAAGGAAAACGAUUGCGCAAAAAGGUUGUGGUUAGCGAACGAGGACAAAGCGAUGGUAUUGUCUCUGUAUACAAUAGGGACCAUUUUGUUCGGAGUUUUUUGCGCCGUUGGGUGCUUUUUAAUUGUCAGAAAGAACAAGGGGAUGGUGAAGGCCAACCAAAGGGUUGUGGUUGAAGAAAGAGGCUCGAUUACGCUGCCUGGAGGUGAAGCUUGUCAAAGAGAUAAUAAAGGAGAAAUUGAUUAUUUUACGCCUAUUGAAGCUAAUGAGGGUAAUGAGUAUGAAUCGAUCCAGGACAGGAGGAAAGAAGAAAGCAAGAGUGAUAAUUGCCCACCGCCGUUGCCACCGCAUCCGUUUCAUGGUGUGAAAUCCGUUUCUUUGUUGAUGGAAGGAAGUCACGGAAAACGGGAAGUUAUUGAUGAUUAUUUGUUGUAA